CUCGAGUCAUCGUCAUGACUGACGACGACGACGACGACGAGGCGAGCGACGAGGCGCUGUACGACGACGAUCGCGCGCUCUCCACGCACGUCCUGCGCGUGACGACGCGCGCGCGCGACGACGACGCGCUCGCCGCGCACCUCGCCGCGCUGCGAUGGACGGCGAAACGCGACGCGCGCGUCGUCGAGCUCGAGCGCGCGCGCGCGAGCGCCGACGACGACGACGACGCGCGCGCGAUGGACGUCACGAUCGCGUGGCGGUGUCGCGCGUGCUCGAGCGAGGACGCGCGGCUGGAACGGCGGGUGCGGGCGUGGAUGGCGACGCGCGGUUGGGACGCCGAGGCGACGACGACGAUGACGGCGCCGGGAUACGUGCCGCUGGGAUCGAUCGAUGCGGUGACGAAAGAGACGCUCGAUUGGGGACGGAAGGACAGGACGGAUGAAGAGCGCGUGGCGGCGUUCGCAGACGCGGGCGUGGCGACGUGCUUGAAAGCGGUGGACGAAGAGACGACGCGGGAAAUUCGCGAGGCGACGGAGCGAUUCGUGGAACGCGUCGAGCGGAGGUUCGAGGAAUCGUUCGGGGAUAUAGUGUACGGGCGCGAUCGAUUCGCGUUUCGAGAGAUUGGUUCGCGUGGAGGCGAGCGAUUCGAUGCUCUAGUAGAUUUAGAACUCGAGGAGUGGGCGACGCUUCGCGCGCUCGCGCGCGACGACGCGCCGUGGCGCGCGCUCGUCGACGCGCUCAUGCCGAACGGUUGGAACGUGCACGUGUCGGUGGUGUAUUCCAGACCCGGCGCGAAAAAUCAAGAGUGGCACGCAGACGGUCGACAUCUCGACGUCGAGUGCGACGUCCGCACGGGAUGCGGUCACGCACCGCCGUACGGCGUCUGCGUCUUCAUGCCGUUGAUCGAUUUAUCGCGCGAAACCGGUUUUACGCAGUUCUUCAUGCGCAGUCACAAGACGAGUAAACUCAUCGGUUUUGGCGACGCGAGCUUGAUCUUACGACUCUCCUUCGAUGGAAUUCUCGACGCGGGUCAAAGCGUGGCGUACGACUACCGCUUACUCCACCGCGGCAUGGCGAACGACUCGCUCGCCAAUCGACCGGUGUUGCAAUUUCUCUACACCGCGCCCGCGUACCGAGAGACGAAAAACUACGGCACGCGAUCGCUAUGGUCAUCGCAGUAAAACAGCUAGGUUGCUAGGGCUAGAUCAUAGGCAUAGAUAGAUUCCCACGCUCGAUUCAUUCGUUCGUCCGUCGCUCGGCGUUCGCCACCGCCCCUCGUCUCGCCCGCGCCUUCGCCCGCGCCGCCGCGUUCGCCGGGUUCACCGGGAACUGCGCUCGCGCGACGGCGGUGUUAAACGCCUUCGUCGACGGCACCUCGACGUCUUUAUUCCCGCCUCCCGCGAGUUUCGCGUGCGCUAUGCGUUCGUACGCGAUGCCAUAAUGUGAAGCCAGCGCUAGUCUUUGCUCGCCCCGUUCGAGCGCGUCCUCGAGCGCGGCGCCGCUGACGUCGGCGCGCGCUCGAAACGCCGCGCGCGCUUCGACGACGGCGUCCCUCGCCUCGACGCGAUCGAGCGCGCGCGCGGCGCGGAUGAUGCGGCGAAACAGCGCCGCGGCGGCGCCGUCUCCGCGCGCCAUGGUGUGUCGUUUACCGUUUCGUUCGUUCGUUCGAUCACAUCGCUAGCGUUUCACCUCGCGCGCGCUCACUCAUCGUCCGAAUCGCUGCCGAACGCCGGCCCCGCCUUGGCGUACAUCUCCGCCGUGAACGUCGUCGGUCGUCCGCGCCUGGCGCGUCGACCGCCCUCUAUGAUGUUCGACGCGUCCACCUCGUCCCCCGACAGAUCGUCCACGCACUCGCUGUCGACCGAAUCCGCGUCGCUAUCGUCGUCGUCGUCGUCGUCCUCGCGCGCGGGCUUCUUGCCCUCGCGCGCGUCGCUCGUCGUCGGUUUCGUCGCCGUCUGAUU